UUCUCGGAGGGCCACAUUGAUGUCUGGUGGAUCGUCCAUGACGGGGGGAUGCUCAUGCUGCUGCCCUUCCUCCUGCGGCACCACAAGGUCUGGCGCAAGUGCAAGAUGCGUAUCUUCACGGUGGCGCAGAUGGACGACAACAGCAUCCAGAUGAAGAAGGAUCUGACCACGUUCCUUUACCACCUGCGCAUCACUGCGGAGGUGGAGGUGGUGGAGAUGCACGAGAGCGACAUCUCCGCCUACACCUACGAGAAGACUCUGGUGAUGGAGCAGCGCUCCCAGAUCCUUAAGCAAAUGCACCUCACCAAGAAUGAGCGGGAGCGAGAGGUCCAGCUCAUCCAUGACAAAAACACCACCACCUUCUCCAGCAGCUCCCAGUCCCCUGGCGACGAGGUGGAGACGGCCCCCGAGAAGGUGCAUCUCACCUGGACCAAGGAGAAGUCUGUCGCUGAGAAGAACAAGAGCAAGAGCCCCGUCAGCCCUGAGGGCAUCAAGGACUUCUUCAACAUGAAGCC